AUGAGUGCAUCAGAACCGGUGAUUUCUGACUACAGGAAUCACCGAUCUACAACGAUGGAAACCUCAACAUCUACCUCUAACCAACGUACUAAACCAAAUACUUCGUAUUCUACGGUCCUCAGUCAGCAACAACCAAUGAAAUUCCCAGACCAAAAACAGGCAAUAAUUUUUUCUACGAUUGAAGGAAUCAAAAUCCAUGAAUACCUCCUAGCCCUAGGUACUCUCAUAAACCCUAGACAGAUAUUGUUCGCUUCAAGGAUAUCAAACAACAGAAUAUGUAUAUAUCUUGCUAGCCCAGAUUUAGUAAAUACUUUCAUGAACGAGCAUGGCGCAAUUACUAUCAACGAUGAAACAAUACGAGCGAGAAGACUAAUAUCUCCAUCUGAGCGCCUGAUCUUAUCCAAUGUAUGCCCAAUAAUUCCUCAUGCACAUCUAGAGCAGUCUCUUCAACAAAUUGGCCUCAAACUAUUAUCACCAACAACAUUCUUGAGAGUCAACAUAGCAAAUCCGGACUAUGCCCACAUAAUGAGCUUCAGAAGACAAGUCUUUAUAGCUCCUCUUGAAAACACCACCAUCCCAGAUUCCAUCCUGAUCAAUUAUGAAAAUACUCCCUACAGAAUAUUUCUAUCAUUGGAUAACCUCACUUGUUUUAAGUGUAAGAAGCCCGGCCACAUAUCAUCGCAAUGUACAAAUGAAAUCCCACAGCAACUCAGUGAACCUCCUAUUAUAUCCCCUCCUGAAAAUGAAUCACGCAUUGCACCUGCUUCUGAAAAUGUAAGAGCACACCCAACGGAUACCUCAUCUUCCGUGAGCCAAAACCCUACUAAUCUGUCUGAACCUGCAAAUUCGAGCUGCUCAUCGACCAAAAGAACCAUAACAGAAACAUUAACACCAACAGAGGAAACAUCAGCUGAUAUGUUCCGGAAACCAGUUUCAAUUGAAAAACGAGCUAACGUUCCAAAGAUCAAUGGAGAUGAAGAGGAACAUGACAACAUAUCUUCUACAAUAUUGAACGGGACAAGUGUUAUCGACGACAAGAAGUCCACAACGAGGUUCUCUAUUGCGGUCAGCGAGAAGAAAUGUUCACAAGGAGGUUCCAACGGUCAAAAAAAAUCUAUGAAAUCGAAACGUAGCAAUCGCUCAGCAAACAGACAGGAAGAAUUGAAGUUACAAACCGAAAUUAUGAAGAAAGAACUAGAGCAAGAGUUAAUGAAGAAGCAGCAAGAGAUUCUGGACUUACAAUUAGCCGUCAAAUUGUCACAGUUGGAAUGUGGGUCUACUGAUUCAGAGGGAAAUGAGUCUCGAUCACAAGGGUCACGGUCAUUGGUAAGCGAGGGUCCAGAUGUACAGCAUUGGGGAAAUGAACAAACAAUUUGGAAUGAGAGUAAGGACACAAAACUCAAGCCAUGUUGUUCCAAGUUUGACGCGGACUUUAGAAGUGCACUGAGCGUGAAUAAGCCGCAGCCGAGGACUGAGAAAGCGAAGCAGAUGGACGCGCCGGCAACAUAUCCAUUCGCAUUCACGUACAAUGGGAGCCUCCCAGGCUCCUGCGAUGGCCGUCGAGGGCACUCAUGGAUGAACACGGGAGAUCGCUCAAAAGCACGCUUUCUUGCAAAAUACCCGUCCAAUAUUAUCUACCUUUCGAAUUUUUCAUGCUGCAUUAUAGAUUUUUUGUCGAGGACAGCCAGAGAUACGCGCUAG